AGGAGGGAGGGGCGGAGGGGCGCGCGCUCUGAGGCCUGCAGGGCGGCUGCCGGGUCCACAGAGUGACAGGAUGAUGAGGAAUUAUCUGAACUGUCUUUGAGCUGAGCUAUUGUAAUGUGCCCUAUAUACUCAAAAUUUUACUCAAAAAAUCAACCCCAAAAUCUGGGUCAAUUUAUCAACAGAACAAAGCAAGUUUUCACAAACAUUGAACGUAACUCCUUCCUCAAGCCCCCCAGCCCGUGGUGGAAUGGAUCCUUCCCAUGCUUGCAGCAUUCUCCAGCAGCUCAAAACUAUGUAUGAUGAAGGGCAGCUAAUAGAUAUUGUUGUGCAAGUGGAUCAUGGGAAAACCUUUUCCUGUCAUCGGAACGUUCUUGCUGCAAUCAGUCCUUAUUUCAGAUCAAUGUUCACUAGUGGCCUUACUGAGAGUACCCAGAAGGAAGUUCGGAUAGUUGGUGUUGAAGCAGAGUCCAUGCAUUUAGUACUGAACUAUGCAUAUACCUCCAGAGUAACACUGACAGAGGCCAAUGUCCAAGCUUUGUUCACUGCAGCUAGUAUCUUCCAGAUUCCUUCUAUCCAAGACCAGUGUGCUAAAUACAUGAUCAGUCAUUUGGACCCGCAGAACUCAAUAGGCGUGUUUAUCUUUGCUGAUCACUAUGGGCAUCAGGAACUAAAAGUCAGAUCCCAAGACUACAUUCGGAAAAAGUUUCUGUGUGUCACCAAAGAGCAGGAGUUUCUUCAGCUGAGGAAAGACCAACUCAUAAGCAUCCUGGACAGCAAUGACUUGAACGUCGACAAGGAAGAGCAUGUCUAUGAAAGCAUCAUAAGAUGGUUUGAACAUGAACCCAACAAAAGAGAAGCUCAUUUGCCAGAAAUUUUUGCCAAAUGCAUCCGCAUGCCCCUGUUAGAUGAAGCAUUCAUAGAACAAAUUCCCCCAAUGUUUGCACAGACUAUAGCCCAAAACUGUGUACAGGAAGAACAAAGUAGUGCCAACGGCUAUACCCAGCGGCUUGGGAUGACUGCUUCGGAAAUGAUCAUCUGCUUCGAUGCUGCCCACAAACACUCAGGAAAGAAGCAAACAGUGCCUUGUUUAGAUUCUGACACAGGGAGAGUCUUCAAACUAUGCAAGCCACCCAAUGAUUUGCGAGAAGUGGGGAUCCUUGUUUCACCCGAUAAUGACAUUUACAUUGCUGGAGGGUACAGGCCAAGCAGUAGCGAGGUCUCCAUAGACCAUAGAGCAGAAAGUGACUUCUGGAUGUAUGAUCAUUCGGGCAAUAGAUGGAUCCCUAAGGCUCCACUGCUUCGUGCCAGGAUAGGCUGCAAACUUGUUCAUUGCUGUGGUAAACUGUAUGCAAUAGGAGGCCGGGUUUAUGAAGGAGAUGGACGCAACUCACUGAAAUCAGUGGAGUGUUAUGACAGCCGAGAGAACUGCUGGACAGCUGUCUGUCCAAUGCCUGUAGCGAUGGAGUUUCAUAAUGCUGUGGAAUACAAAGAGAAUAUCUAUGUUUUACAGGGAGAAUUUUUCCUCUGCUAUGACCCUCAAAAGGAUUACUGGGGUUUCUUGACUCCUAUGACUGUGCCUAGGAUCCAGGGUUUGGCAGCUGUCUACAACAACUCCAUCUACUACAUUGCUGGAACCUGUGGAAACCAUCAGCGUAUGUUUACCGUAGAGGCCUAUGACAUUGAACUGAACAAGUGGACUCAGAAGAAAGACUUCCCAUGUGACCAGUCCAUUAAUCCAUACAUUAAACUUGUUGUCCUCAAAAAUAAGCUGCAUUUGUUUGUUCGAGCCACUCAAGUCACCGUUGAAGAACACGUCUUUAGGACCAGCAGGAAGAAUUCGCUUUAUCAGUACGACGAAGUUACUGACCAGUGGCAUAAAGUGUACGAAACCCCAGAUAAGCUCUGGGAUCUUGGACGUCAUUUUGAAUGUGCUGUUGCUAAAUUGUAUCCACAGUGUCUUCAGAAAGUUAUUUGACUCCAUCUCCCCCCCCCCCCCCCC